AGCACGAGCAGCUGAGCACCAGGAGCUGAAGGAGCUGAAGCCUCAGGCCACAAGAGCUGGGCCAGAGGAGACUUUCUGAGCAAAUGAAUGCUGCUAACAUGGACCUGGCUGAAUGCAGCAGAUGGAAUCAUGGAAUCACAGAAUCCUUUCUGUUGGGAAAGACCUCUGAGCUCAUCCAGUCCAGCUGGUCACCCAGCAGUGUCGAGCCCAGCACUAAACCACGUCCCUGAAGUGCCAAGGCCUGGACAACAGCCCUGAGUGAGGCCUGAACAACAGGCCCUGAGCCAAAGGUGGCCUCUGGAUGAACCUUCCAGCCAAAGCAGAAAACCAUUUCCUGAGGCAGCAAAUGUCCAACACCAGCUCCAUCAGCCACUUCCUCCUGCUGGCACUGGCAGAGACGCGGCAGCUGCAGCUCCUGCACUUCUGCCUCUUGCUGGGCAUCUCCCUGGCUGCCCUCCUGGGCAACGGCCUCAUCAUCAGCGCCGUAGCCUGCGGCCACCACCUGCACACGCCCAUGUUCUUCUUCCUGCUCAACCUGGCCCUCAGCGACCUGGGCUCCAUCUGCACCACUGUCCCAAAAGCCAUGCACAAUUCCCUCUGGGACACCAGCACCACCUCCUACACAGGAUGUGCUGCACAGCUCUUUUUCUUUCUGUUCUUCAUCUCAGCAGAGCUUUCCCUCCUGACCAUCAUGUGCUACGACCGCUACGUGUCCAUCUGCAAACCCCUGCACUACGGGACCCUCCUGGGCAGCAGAGCUUGUGCCCACAUGGCAGCAGCUGCCUGGGCCAGUGCCUUUCUCAAUGCCCUGCUGCUCAUGGCCAAUACAUUUUCCCUGCCCCUGUGCCAUGGCAAUGCCCUGGGCCAGUUCUUCUGUGAAAUCCCACAGAUCCUCAAGCUCUCCUGCUCCAAAUCCUACCUCAGGGAACUUGGGCUUCUUGCUCUUAGUGUGUGUUUGGCAUUUUGUUGUUUUGUGUUCAUUGUUUUCUCCUAUGUGCAGAUCUUCAGGGCUGUGCUGAGGAUCCCCUCUGAGCAGGGACGGCACAAAGUCUUUUCCACCUGCCUCCCUCACCUAGUUGUGGUCUCUCUGUUUGCCAGCACUGCAGUGUUUGCCUACCUGAAGCCCCCCUCCAUCUCCUCCCCAUCCCUGGAUCUGGCCCUGUCAGUUCUGUACUCAGUGGUGACUCCAGCCCUGAACCCCCUCAUCUACAGCCUGAGGAACCAGGAGCUCAAGACUGCAGUGUGGAGACUGAUGACUGGAUGCUUUCGGGAAUGUUAAACUGCUGGCCAG